CAGCCAUCUCUGCAUGUUCCAGUAAAACAUUGAAAUCAAUUCCAGAUUAAACAUCUCACAGUGUUUGUUGCAUUAAAGGACUUCACAGUAACCUCUCAGUUCAACAUAGGUUUAGGAUUGUCAACAAGGACAGCUUCCUACUUUUCAGCUCAGGAUGUUCCUCAGACUCAUUGUCUUUUUCUUAAUUUUCCUGCCGGGGAUGCAUGGCAAAAAACGUGUUCAAAGUGGCGAAUGGAAUUACAAAGAUGGAUCUGAUAAAGUUAAUAUGCGUGGAGUUGCCAAUCUGACACAGAUAUUGGACAACUGGAGAUUUGACAUUUUGACUCAGAUGAGAGACAUGCUGACAAAUGACCACCAAUCCCUCCUCCCAGACUACUCCAGAAUAACGCCUCUUUCAGAGGCUCUUAGUGACCUAUUCACUGAGUUUAAUGCUCUAAAAGAACGGCUGAAAGAUCUGACUGACAAGUUUACUGCCCUGGAAGUGUCUGUUGAUGAAAUAAAAGCUAAAAGUGAUGCUCCACGCUUGUCUCCGACUGGACCCGGUGGCAUGGCACCCAGGCAAAAACCGAAUCUACCAAAGAGAAAGGUUCUGGUUCCAAAGAAAAAGAAGAUCCCCCAGCAAUAAAACAAAACAAGGGAUAACUGCAAAACUCACAGUUCAUAUAUAUUUUAUAUAUAUAUUAUAUACAUACAACACACACACAGAAUAAAAAGGCCAGCAGGAUUUGCAUGUGCUGUUAUGCAAUUUCCAUUUGAUGAUAAAUAUUUAUCAGUUGCUGAUGAAAAAGUUUUUGUUGCUGUAGAACAUUUCUUAUACUGUGUUUCUAAAACUUGCUGAUUGUAUUUCUACAUUUUAAAUAGUGUUCUGUUAUUCCGUUUUCUCAUUGUAUACAUAUCUCACACAUAUGCAACAGUCGUAUCCUCGGAAAUGUACCUUCUGUUCAGCAUUUAUACUAAAAGGCUGUUUAAAUUAAAGA